AUGGGUCGAGAUGUGGCCUAUACACCGUUCACGUGGCAAACUCAGACUGCCGCUCAAAACCGGUUCCUGAAGUUUUUACUAGUUGUUAUUGUACUUUGUGCUGCCACUUUUUAUAUAGGUUAUCCGGAUUCUAAACAGGAAACUCCUAAACCAGAUUCUCACGAAUAUCAUGAAAAUAAUCCGUCCCCAGUAAUAUCUGCGAACCCGUUUUCUGAAACAAAACCAGAUAGCGAUGACUUCCAAAAAGCCUCACAAGAUGCUCUAGUAAUAUCCCCCGAAGCUCAAUCCAGCAUUGAAAGUCCAGUUUUCAACAAUUCCGUAUUACCCUCUGGCCCUGACGAUGAAAGCUACAAGGAGAAGUUGGCAAAGUUGGAAGAAGAGGAGCGAAAAAUAACAGAGAAGCUUGAUUCUGAAAAAGUUGAGGAUCAGAACAGUGGAGUUGAAGAAGUAACAGAGCUUCCAAGUACACAGAAAACUAAUGAAGAGGAACUGAUCGAGGAAGAAACUACCAAGGCUCCAGAAGAUUCAACAGCAACUGUUGACGAAGUAAAUAUACAGAUUGAGGAGACUUCGGAAGCACCUGAAGAAUCAGAACAACCAGGAAAAGAUUCAGAAGACUUGGUUGAGACCACAACUCCAGGAACGUUUGAAGUAAACGCAAAAGUUGAUGAAGGAUUUGUGACUAUAGAAGAAAACAAAGAGAAUCUGGCAAAUGACAAUUCUGAACGUCCUGUGGAAUCUCUGAUGUUCGCUAAUUCAACGGAAACUGCAUCUGGAAGUACCGUAACAGCCGAGAGCUCAACAGAAGUUUCCAGUUCUUCAGAAUUUUUGAUUUCUACUCAAGAACCAAUGGUAGUCGUUGAUAAAUCAAGUUGCCAUGUGGAAGAGUGGAAUAAUGUAACAUUGGACGAAGUACCCCACAAAUCAGUAUUCAAACAGUGGAUAGCCAAUAAGAAUGUCGAACUCAAUGAAACUGAUUUCAUAGGAGAGGAGAAGCCAACGAUUUUAGGAGCUUUCGCUUAUAAGAAUUAUAUUGCGGUCACUUUAUCGGCCAGAAACUUCUCCACGUUGGUUUUAGGAGUAUAUUGUGGUCGGUCGAAAGUCUUCAAUCGCCGACCGACCGCAGACCCAGCCGACGGACCGCCGACCGAACUUGAGCAUUUGCGCGUCAACAUGCCAGAGAGUGUUUACGUACGAAUCAUCGAGACUGUCUUUUGUCGUUACUUUGAUUGCAAGAAAAAGGAAAUGGUCCGCCAGAUGAAAUCCUUCGUCUUUCCUGAAUCUACAGUAUACUGUCCAAGACGUGCCGGAGCAAACUAUAUUUCUAUCAGCUCUACUUUCUUCCAUGUUUACUUGAAAAAUACGAGUCAUUAUCAAAGGGUAUUACUAGAUGAUUAUAUCAGAUCAGGGGAUAUUCGAGUUGUGAAAGUAGCUGAAGACGUUUCGGAUCAGGUUCAAGCGAAUGAUUGUCUUCAUCGAAGCAGGUAUCUCUCCAAAUGGACGGCGUUUUUGAAUUUGGAAGAUCGUUUAGAAGCGAAACAAGAUAAGGAGACAAUCGCUGCGUAUUUGGACAGCAUUGUGGAUCACAAAACGAACAUUUUGAAAUGGAGUUCACCAGAAAAUGCAGAUGUCACCAGAUUGCUUGUCAGACCCGAACGAAUUGUCUCCAUCAACGACCACCCAAUAACCGUAUAUCUUGGGGAUGAACUGGAUGAAAGUUUAGAACCUUCUGGUAUCUUGAGAAAAUUUUCCACAUCCUCCAAUCUGUCUCCUGAAAACUUCACGGAUAACCUCAAUGAAGACGUGCAGUUUAGAGAAGAGCUCAUUGCUAAUAUUCCUAAUAUUGCUCUCGAGGAUGAUGUCUAUAAUAUACAGUACCAGUCAAUAAGAUAUCCAGAAGCGUGUUUUUCAGUUGAUUUUGACCAUGUUCUGGAGUCUGGAGCUCAGCUAUCAAAAACGCUUUUCAUAAAAAUGAAGAAAAUUCAACGAUAUAAGUUUGUACUAAUUUCUUUAGUGAUUGUAUUCGUCAUAGUUUACUUUUAUCAACCUGGUUCUGGAUAUUUCGAAUCUGUUGAUGAAUUAUUUAGCAUAGUAGCAGGCGAACCAAUAAACGCUUCAUUUCCGAUUGCAUUCUAUCAAUCGGCAUAUGUUGAUUACCGUUUUGAUCCACCACGUCUUCGAAUUUAUACACUAAACAAAUGUGUAAAGAAUAAUCAUUUUUUGUUAGCCGACCUGCAUUUAAAUGGAAAUAGUUCUGAAUCAGUUAGAAAAAAUAUUUAUGGAAAGUCUAUGGAUGGGCACUGUCCAUCGAUUUAUAUUCCGGCGUCAUCAUGCUUUUACACCCCACAUACAUUUUCGAUUGGUUUAAAACCAAAUGAAGAUCCGAAAAAGGUUGCCAUUUCCUUGGGCAGUAAGACAGUAGAACUAAAUAUUGAAAAAAUUUACAAAAAAACAACAGAAGGGAUUACGGUCUGCCUUCAACCAGUGUACUACUACUCUCAAUGGCAGAAUAUAGUACUGUAUAUUGAAGCAUGGAGAGCUCAAGGAGCCACCCGUUUUAUUGUCUACUUUCAUUCGGCAACAAAGGAAACUUGGAAGGUGUUGGAGUAUUACAGAGAUUUGGGAUUGAUCGAAAUCAAAUCCUGGCCUAGUUUCCCGAGUUUACCAGUUGAUAUCGCUGGUAAAUAUCCAAAAAUUGAUAAUAGCGUCUAUGUACUUUCAUAUUUCAUGGCUAUGAAUAUCUGUAUUCUUGAUAUCAAAACUACAAUCGGAACUAUUGCUGAUUUUGAUGAAGUCAUGGUUCCAUCGAAUGGUAGACUUCUGGAUUAUGCCACCAAAGAAAUGACGGGUACAAGCGUUGGAGCUCUUUCCUUUGAGAACAACUACUUGACAUUGACUCCAAAAAUCUAUACAUCGAAUUUUUCUGGAGUGGCAUCACCGAAGUUUCAGACUACUGCUAAACAUACAAAAUACGUCUUCAACGCAUCUGUUCUCGCCAUCGCACAAGUUCAUUGGCCUCAUAGCUUUGUUGAUUCGUUUUUCUCUUGGACGAGGAGUAAAAAAGCAGACGGUGCACUUCUUCAUUUCCGAUAUUCACCUAGAUAUGGAGAUCUUGAAACUACGGAAAAGUCUUUUCGUUUCUUCCCAGGCGAUCAGUCGACUCAUAUUCAAAACAUGCGUGAUACGGUUCAACAAAUAUUCAACGGUUCGAUUCCAACGUUUUCUUCAAAAUAUUACGACGCUUUACAGAAAUGUCUCAGUAAAGUCGACCCAGUCCAAGAUAAGGUGUGCCGAAGUACAAGUGGAAUCUGUAGAGAGGAAAUGGAUAAAGUUACAGAUUGGGUUUAUGAUAAUUCUGAACCAAUAUUUUUAGUAGGAACCUAA